ACACAGAGCCCCAAAAUGAAUGUCCAAGAACAGGGUUUCCCCUUGGACCUUGGGGGGAGCUUCACUGAAGAUGCUCCCAGGCCCCCAGUUCCUGGUGAGGAAGGUGAACUGGUUUCCACAGAUCCCAGGCCAGUCAGCCACAGCUUUUAUUUUGGGAAAGGCGAUGGGAUUAAAAGUGAAACUUCCACGGCCACCCCGAGGCGAUCAGAUCUGGAUUUGGGGUAUGAGCCUGAAGGAAGUGCUUCACCUACACCCCCAUAUUUGAAAUGGGCUGAAUCAUUGCAUUCUUUGCUGGAUGAUCAAGAUGGAAUAAAUCUGUUUAGGACUUUCUUGAAGCAAGAAGACUCUGCAGAUUUGCUAGACUUCUGGUUUGCCUGCAGUGGCUUUAGGAAAUUGGAGCCCUGUGACUCCAAUGAGGAAAAGAGGCUUAAGUUGGCUAAAGCUAUUUACAGAAAAUAUAUUCUUGAUAAUAAUGGGAUCGUAUCUCGUCAGACUAAACCAGCUACAAAGAGCUUCAUAAAAGAUUGCAUCAUGAAGCAACAUAUUGAUCCUGCCAUGUUUGACCAGGCCCAAACUGAGGUCCAAUCCAUGAUGGAGGAUAACACCUACCCCUUGUUCCUUAAAUCAGAUAUUUAUUUGGAGUACACGAGGACGGGUUUGGAAAGCCCUAAAAUCUUUAGUGAUCAGAGCCCUGGGUCAGGGACAGGGAAAGGUAUACCUGGAUAUUUGCCCACUUUGAAUGAGGAUGAGGAAUGGAAGUGUGACCAAGAUACAGAAGAAGAUAAUGGCAGAGAUUCGGCUCCAUCUAGCAGGCUAACUCAGAAGUUACUAAUGGAAACAGCACCCCAACGGGCCUCAUCAAAUAGGAGAUACAGUGAAAACAGAGAAUUCAGGCAUGGUUCAUGGAGGGAACCUGUCAAUCCUUACUAUGUCAAUUCUGGUUAUGCCCUAGCACCAGCCACCAGUGCUAAUGACAGCGAACAGCAGAGUAUGUCCAGUGAUGCUGACACAAUGUCCCUCACUGAUAGCAGUGUAGAUGGAGUACCACCUUACAGAACCCGAAAGCAACACCGAAGGGAGAUGCAGGAAAGUGUCAAAGCCAAUGGACGGGUACCACUACCUCACAUUCCUCGCACUUACCGAAUGCCAAAGGAAAUCCGUGUUGAACCACAGAAGUUUGCAGCAGAGCUUAUCAAUCGGCUGGAGGCCGUCCAGCGUACACGAGAAGCAGAAGAAAAAUUAGAGGAGCGUCUAAAACGUGUCCGAGCAGAAGAAGAAGGCGAGGAUGCAAAUGUCUCUUCUGGUCCUACAGUAGUUAGUCACAAGCUGCCUUCUGCGCAGACCUUGCACCAUUUCCCUCCCCGUUAUACAGAAAUGGGCUGCACUGGGAUCCGAGAUGUGCAUGAGGAAAAUCCUGAGAGCAUCCUUGAUGAGCAUGUACAGAGAGUCAUGAAGACACCAGGUUGCCAGUCCCCAGGACCUGGCCAUCAUUCCCCAAAGCCACGCUCCCCAGACAAUGGUCACACAGCUAAGAUUCCAGGGACACUGGGUACAGGACCUUCUGGGCAUAGCAAGCACUGUACAAAAUCAGGAAUGAAACUAGAUGCAGCUAAUUUAUACCAUCACAAACAUGUCUACCACCAUAUUCAUCACCAUAGUGUGAUGAAACCAAAAGAGCAGAUUGAGGCUGAAGCCACUCAGAGGGUUCAGAACAGCUUUGCUUGGAAUGCAGAGUCACAUAACUAUGCAACCAAAUCUCGAAACUACGGUGAAAACGUGGGACUAACUUCAAAUCCUGUGGAUGGAUUGGGUUACAGUGGCAAAACCAAUAUGCUCUCUAAAAGAAAUUCAAAGAAAGCUGAUUCAGGGAAAAGUGCUGGUCCCAACUAUGAAAUGCCUGGGUCUCCAGAAGAUGUGGAGAAGAAUCAAAAAAUCAUGCAGUGGAUAAUAGAAGGAGAAAAGGAAAUCAGCAGGCAUAAAAAAACGAACCAUGGGUCUUCAGGGACUAAGAAGCAGCUGGGCCAUGAUAGUUCCAGACCACUUUCCAUUGAACGUCCUGGUGCUGUACAUCCUUGGGUGAGCGCUCAGCUCCGGAAUGUUGUCCAACCAUCUCAUCUUUUCAUUCAAGACCCAACAAUGCCACCUAACCCAGCCCCAAAUCCCCUUACUCAACUAGAGGAAGCCAGAAGGCGCCUAGAAGAAGAAGAGAAAAGAGCUGGGAAAUUACCUACCAAGCAGAGGUAUGUGCAAGAGGUUAUCCAGCGGGGUCGCUCUUCUGUCAGGCCAGCUUGUAUGCCAAUGCUGAAUGUGGUACCAGCUGUCUCCGACAUGGACCUCUCCGAGUCUGAGGCCAAGCUACAAAAGAAGCCGGGAAAUAGCAGUGCCCCGCCAUGUGAUACCAUCGUAGUAGCUUACUACUUCUGUGGAGAGCCAAUCCCCUACAGGACUCUGGUCAAGGGCCGUGUCGUCACCCUAGGGCAAUUCAAAGAGCUCCUAACCAAGAAAGGGAACUACAGAUAUUACUUCAAGAAAGUAAGUGAUGAAUUUGACUGUGGGGUAGUAUUUGAGGAAGUUCGAGAAGAUGAUGCCAUCUUGCCCAUUUUUGAAGAGAAGAUAAUUGGGAAAGUGGAGAAAGUUGAUUAAUCCUCUAGUCUCCCUGUCUCCCACAUCGGGCACCACUGCUGAGGAAUUCGGAAACAGAGCGCAGUGCCAAGAUUGGCAGCAUCCUGCUCAGCUCUCUAUCCCAAAGGGCAUCAUACAGGCCCCUUAGGGUUGGAGCCUCCUGUGGACCCUCCCCAGUCAGCAUUGUCCACAAGGGGUUGAAGAUUCCUCUUUGAGAACCUGCCUACAUGCAAAUUAUUCUAUGUAAUGUAGUGUUGUACAGUUGUACUAGAAAGUAUAUGACCUUGUUUACUAAAGCUCAUAUUUUUGAUAUAUUGUAAUAAAGGAAGAUAUUUCCAGUGUCACAGUGCUCUUAUGUAAAUGUCAGACAUAUAGGUACUUUGGAAAUCUCCAAAUGUGUACAGCCAUUAGAUCUGUCCCAUCUGGAUGCCCUUCCCUUUACCUGCAAACCCCCGACCCCCAUCUCUUCCAUCUGGGUGAUUUUAUUUCAUUCUCUCAUAUUCUCUUUAUGUACGCUUCCAGGCAACGGGGGUCAGUCUUUGAAAACUUACCAGUACAGAUGAGGAGGAGGAAAGAAACCCUACCCUUGAGUGAAACCCCCCAGAGCAAUAUCCUUCAAGACCCCUCUACCUACACACACUCUUCUUGGGAGUCUAGCCAAGGCAACCUUGCCUCCUCCUGUGGGAACAAGCCAUUGGUCAUUUAUUAUUUAACGUUCUCGCUAACAUAAUUUGACUCAACCCUCCAGGGAAGAAACUUGCCCAGAUCAAAGAGGUGAGAGCUAUAUAGCAAUAUGCUUUGGGGGCUGAAUUGCUGUCAAACAGCAGAUUCCCCAUAGCAGAAGUGUCAGACGCCGGGCCUGAGGGUCACCUGCAGCCCACUACACCCCCUCCCAGGUGCUGAACCACAUUAAGAUGUAAUUGAGAAAUAUUUAACAAAAUAAGUGAAAACUAAGCAAGUCGUAGAUAAUGUUACAUUUUAAAACUAAGUCGAGAGGUGGCCCACAGGGAUCCUCGUGUACAGAUUAGUGAGUGGCCUCUGUUUCUUUUGAGUUUGAUACCACUGCCCUAGAGCAUCCCUGAUUGAUCUUGGCACUGAGAGAGAUCAGGCCUCUCUCUCCCCACACUCCCACCCUCUCCCCAUCACUUAAGGCCUGUCUUCAGAGGGGAACUUGCCCUCACUGCUGCUAACUACAUAAGAUGUCCUCUGUGGUUUCCCAACUGUCCUUCUGUGGUCUGUCUGAGGAAACUCUGGGUUCCUCCGCUUCCAUCUCAAUCAGAUCAGGACAGGAUGUUGAUGGGUCCUCUAGCCUGGGCCCACUGGAAAGGCGAGGGAUUGGCCUCCUCUCCGGCCUCUCUUCUUACCUGUGGCUCCACUCCCGCCCGCAUCUCCCUAAGUGGGACCCCAGCCCGACGCAGGUACGGCAGAGCCCUGGGAAGGAGGGCAGGGGCCUCUAAUACUGUAUAUGUCACCGAGUGCCUUGAAAUGCAGUCUUGUCAUUUGCCUGCCACUGUGUGAACCCCAGCAAAUGAGAACUUGUCUUCAUCCAGGGAACUAACUGCAUUAGACUCUUCUCUCUUUUUAAAGUUCUAAUUGUAUCCUCUGUCCAGUGAGAUGUUUUCUUGUGGCCCGACCAUAGCCCUUUUUCAUUUCCCUGUUUCUAAAGGGUCUCAUUGUAAAUAUGUACAUUUUCUAAGGCCAGGGCAAGUGAGUAGCUGCCCCAGACCAUUUUUCAUGCUCUGACUUGUACAAUUAUCUUUUCAAAGGUACUUGGAUAAUAAUGAAAUUAAAUAAAAUUUUAAAAAACA